AUGGAGGGGCCCAGCUCGGGAAAGCGAAGGCCUGGGCGUCCGAGAACUCGUCCCAUACCAGACCCUAACACCCCAAAACGGCCUCGUGGCCGUCCUACACGAGAAGAGUCCCUAAGACGCAAGCAGGAGCAGCAGACCGAGUCCAUGCGCAUGGAUGCACCUCUUGAGCCACCGCCGCGGCUGUCACGUGUGGAGCCAAGGUCGAAGGCAAACUGGAAACGAAAACGAUCUGGCACACAGGACGACGAAAGCUCAGCCAACGACUCGACCGACAGCGAUGUUGAGUCUAACAGUGACCUCCAGGGCAGCGGUACGGCGCUUCUGCACAAGAAACAGAAGAUAGACAGAAGAUCCAAAGUACGAAAGCGGGUAACGGUCUUCCCACGGGUGCCUAGACGUCAGCCGUUCCCUUCGGACCCCCUUGAUCUUAUCCAGCAGCCUAUCUCUCAAUACUUGAGUUGGUGUGAGGAGAUCGAUGAGGUCCUUGGGCCUGGCGCGAUGGUACUUACCGAGAGAAGGGUGGGAGACCCCCAUGAACCAUUGUCUGACCUCUGGAAGCUGAUGCUUCACAUGAGCAUACUCCGAGGACUUUGCGAGCUCAUUGUUCAUCCGCUCUGGGAGAGAAGUGUGGAGAACCUCAGAUAUAUCCUCCAGUGGGCAGUCUGCCUCCGGGUACGUGACCAUAUGAAGCCCGUAGGACCAUUCCAGUCGGAGCUCGCCAGGUCCUUGGUCGAGAAGAAAAAGGACCUCAUCCGUCUAGGUCUCACAGAUGGGAGUUCGGAAAUUCACCUGGCGAGGCAGGCUUUCGAGGACUUGCAAAAUCGACGACUAGAGACGUCACGCCCGGUCUAUGCCGCGUUGAUUCACUGCCUGCGGCAGAGAAUUACUCAUCAGCAGCCGGCGGCGUUUGACGGCGCGGAUACAUUGUUCUAUCUGGAACUAGCUGACGUUUCUGCCGUACGUAAUGCUCUUGAUGGCCUCCAACGCAAGAACUGGUUUCCAUUCACAGUUGGUGCCUAUUACAAAGGGUGCCUCGUAACAUUCGAGGAGCACUGGGAACAGAAGUUGGGCCGCAUGGACAUUGCAACGGCUGACCAAGGAUUCCUCCCAUUUGUCUCUCACUGGCCGUCAGUUGAUGGGUGCGAUGAACGAUUUCUGCGUGGUAUCUCACUCAAGGAUCAGGAGGAGCUUGCUUGGCUCUCGGUGGACGAAGAUAGCGGAGAUGAUGGCCAUGAGAAUGCCAGCCACCAGCCUGAGAGUUCUCAUGGGGCUGGCGACGAAUAUUUGUAUGAUUCCCGAGCCGAGCCUGGCAGACUUCCGUCCCAAGGGCUGGCGGAAGACGGCAGCUCUCACGCCGACAAGACCAGAUGCCACAAGUCGAGUGAAGCCUCAGCCCAUUCGGACGUUGACUAUGACGCCUCUGCCAUAGAGCAACCACAAAGUGGCAUCACAACCUCGAAACAUCAUGAGCCUGUGGCUCAGGACGUCUCGAGAGUCCCUGAUGAAAACAUCGACCGUGACGUCGCGAGGUUGUCGGAGCCCGAGAAACAUGGACCUGGCCAGCAACAGAACGAAUGGGAGCGGUACGCAAAGGAAGCCUGUACCAUUGAUAUGCUCGUAGGUCUAGACAUCGAUGAGCAGCAACCGACCUCUGAGAUCCAUAACGUAUUGCUCGGUGUCUUGGCAGCUAGUAAGCAUGAGAGCUCCGCCAAGCACCUCAAGAACUUUCUAGAUGCUGAUGGUGGCGCGGGCUGGGUGUGUCUAAAAACCUUGAAUGCGUGUGACCAGGCCAUAAAGAUAGAGGACAAGGCAAAAUGCGUCUUCUGCUCACGAGGCGGUGCAAAAGAAUGCCUGCAGAUCGCUAGAGAUCCGCCUGACAAGCCCAAUAUUCGGUUACACCAAUACACCGCAGUCUAG